CGCAGUUUCCGCUGCUUACUAAAUUGAAGGUGAGUUUUCAGAGAGCUACUCUAGAGCCUGAUGCUUUGACAUUGAGGCGAGAAAACACACCUUGCUGUGAUCAUUGUGCUAAAUAAUAAAAGGGGCCCAUCAUGGUGUCAGGAAAGCGUCUGGCCGAUAUUGGCUACAAGGCCUUUUCUGCUUCAAUGAUGCUGCUGACGGCCUACGGAGGCUACUUGUGUGCGAUGCGAGGAUACCGCUACUGGGAGAGGCAGAAACAGCUGAAACUGGCUGCAGAGAACCAGGAUUCUGAAGUCAUUAAAGACUGAUGUGACAGGAACUCCUGUGCUGUUUGCACACAUGUGGACAUAUCCUGUUUCUUUGGUUCAAAUUGUAAAAUAAGGGCAAAAGACCUGAUCAAAUCGAUUUGGGGCCUGUGACAUCUGUAAUGACUGAGGAUUGUGAGUGAUGGUGGCUGUUAUUUGUUUUAUAAUAUAAUAAAAUGCUUUAAAUCACAGAACUGAAAUAAAAAAAAUCUUAUGACAACAAAAAUCUAUUUGAAAAUGUAUUUAUACAAGGCACUCGUGACAAUGCAAUUAACAGUUCUAGUCCUCAUACCUGGAUUUGUCUAAAGGCAGUCAAACAACUACAUACACAUUUGGUCUUGGAGGAAGAAGCAGUAAAAACAUUAAAACAAGUUGCAAAGCAGCCUAAAGAGUAAAUCCACAGCAGAUUGCAAAUGGUCGUUCAUUUACUGCCACUCAUAAAACACACACUUGUGCUUCAACUGCUGAUAAAAGCACAGCAAUAUCAACACUUUCCUUUUAGGAGGUGUGGUAUCUUUGGUGCAUUCUUGCUGUGUACUUCCAAUUGCAUAUUUUUAACACAAAAGGUUUCUCUUUAGCUUGCUGACAGUUUCGUUUGUGGCUGCAAACAUCCUCAGAGUUGACGCUGAUGGUGCCGUCACUUCCUACUCCGUUUAGAAACAGACUAGUACACCCAAAAGACAAGAUACCAACUGGACUUAAAUGUGGAGUCAUUUACGAAAUCCCAUGCAAACUGCAAUAAAACAUACAUAGGAGAAACCGUACGCCAACUCAACACACGAACAAUAGAACAUAGAAAGGAGUGUGAGAAAGAAACAAGUCGAAGACACACAAGAAACAGAAAACACAAUAAAGAAGUCAGCCGUAGCAGAUCACUGCACAAGAGAAAACCAUAUAAUGGACUGGGACAGCACAAGGAUCAUAAACACCGAACAACAGAAAUAUAAGAGAUGGAUAAAGAAUGCUAUAGAGAUAAGGAGACGUGGAUGUGGGACCAUAAACAGAGACGACGGGGUCUACACAUUGGAUCGUGCAUGGGACUGCAUCAUCGGAGAGGGGAGAGCGGGCAGCAGAGGGCGACAACGUCCUCUGCUGCCCACGGAUAAACGGAGUAGGAAAUGACGCCACCAUCAGCGUCCGCUCUGAAGAUGUUUGCAGCUGCAAACGAAACUGUCAGCAAAGUAAAGAGAAACCUUUCCUGUGUUUUAAAAAAGAACCAAAAAAGGUGUGUAUCUGCUGUGGCACAUCUGCUCUGUGCAGUCCAGUGUGAAUAAACCCUUGAAGGCAAACAGUCAAGUUCAUUUGACCACUAAAACUGGGAAAACAUCAAAAGUGACAUCUGAAGUCAAACUUUAAUCCCAACAUUUAGCUAUACGAGACUUUGCAGAUCACGUUUGAACAGAUUUCUGUGUCGCUGCAGCAUUUACGCAUCAUUUUCAGAGUCCCGACUCUGUCAGUGUCUGCACGUCCAUUGUCAGUUCUCAAACAAAGGAAUGUGUGUGCCCACGCCGUCAGUGUGAUGUGUGGGAGUGAGCCAGAGGAACACCCUCAGACCAACAGUAGCGCUGUGAGGGGGGGCGAACUGCAGGGGGCUCCCGGAGUUCUCACUCCCACGUCACCAGCUGCUGUGGUUCUUGUUAUGAUCAGUAGUUAUUGCAAUGUGUUACCACUAGAGGUCGCUGUAAGACAGGCUACAAGGAUGAUGUUACCAGAAAUAGUGAAGCACGGAGACGGAAGUUAGCAGUGUGUGAGUCUGAACACAUGAAUAAAAGAUUCAUAAAAGGUUCAUCUUGUUGGGCGAUGGUGGUUAAGUUCUCGCCCCGUAAUCGGAAGGUUGCAGGUUCGAGCCCAGCUCAGUCUGUCGUUGUGUUCUUGGGCAAGACACUUAACCCACGUUGCCUGCUGGUGGUGGUCGGAGGGACCGGUGGCACCAGUGCUCGGCAGCCUCGCCUCUGUCAGUGCGCCCCAGGGCAGCUGUGGCUACAUUGUAGCUCAUCCCCACCAGUGUGUGAAUGUGUGUGUGAAUGGGCGAAUGACUAAUUGUGUUGUAAAGCACCUUGGGGGGUUCUAGGACUCUAGCGGGUGCUAUAUCAAGACACAGAUCUAAGUGACACUUUCUUUGUUGGUCUUGUGAAUGAAGAUCAAAUCAAAUCAGAUGAUGGGAAAACUACCACAGAAUCAUUCCUCUAUUGAUUAAAGGAGUUAUAGUUACCAUGAGACUGGACACAGGUGCUAAAGCUAACCUGAUUAGCACGUCAGACAUUAAAGAAAUGCAGGUUAAACCGCACAUUUACAGAAUGAGGUCAGGGUUGAAAGAUUACAAUGGCCAACCCAUAGAGUGUUUUGGUACCUGUAAACUCAAAGUGAAUGUGAAAGGGAAGGUACACCAUGUGAAUUUUUCUGUGGUAAAUGAAAAAUGUGAAUUGCUGUUGGGGGAUGAAAGCUGUGAAGAACUAGGUCUAGUUAAAAGAGUGUACUGUAUAGAAACAGACCCAAAGUUUGAUGUUGAUAAUAUUGUGCAGAACUUUUCUGAUGUGUUUAAAGGGUUUGGUACGCUGCCUUUUACCUAUAAAAUCCAGCUGAAGGAAGAUGCCCAGCCGGUUGUACAUGCGCCGUGUAGAGUCCCAGCUCCGCUGCGUGAAGCUCUCAAGCAAGAGCUGGACAGAAUGACCAACCUGGGGGUGAUCAAGAAAGUGCAAGAGCCUACAGAUUGGGUCAACUACAUGGUGGUCACCAAGAAAAAGAACGGUGAUUUGCAAUUGUGCAUGGACCCAAAAGAUCUAAAUGAAAACACCAAACGUGAGUACUACCAAAUACCCACACGUGAGGAAAUGAUCAGAGAGAUGGCAGGAGCCAACUAUUUCACCAAACUGGAGGCCUCACAAGGGUUUUGGCAGUUACAACUGGAGGAAAGCCAGUGGCGUGUCCACAUCUUUUAAAAUGGGGUGGCCCAGGUGAGGCACAACUUUGUGCAUCGGUGGCACCAAUGGUUAUGCUUUUUUUGUUUUACCCCCAAACCUUUUGUGGACAAUGAAAAGCCUAUUUAAAGGUAAAUUAGUGUGGUGGCACCUGGGGUGGCCAAUCAGAUUCCAAGGGUGGCAUUUGCUACCCCAGGCCACUCCCUGGACACACCCCUGAGGAAAGCAGCAUUCUGUACAGCACUUGGAGGACUAGCAGCAGGAUGUUGAAGAGCCACCAAGAUGGAAACGGCCCGACGAUGGCCCAGCUCUCAAACAUAGUAGAGUUCAGGACCCUGGAGAAAAAAAAACAAUAAAACACAUGAAAACACAUGACAACAGACUUGGAGAAAAUGUUACUUGAGUACUGUGAGUAACGAGUAACUGAGUAUUAACGUUUGAAUAUGGCGUCUGUCAGGUUGUUUUUAUCGACGUCCAAGCGCUCGGUCCGUGUGUUUUUAAUUGAUAAAUGCGGUUCGUUUGUCUAGCACUUGCACCCAGCAGCAUUUCAGCGGUGACGUGAAAUGUAGACUACGCUAUCGGGUUUUAGUCGUACCCCAGAUGUAACAAGAUGGACGUCUACCAGAAGGUUCCACUGACAGUCUGCAGAAUAUUUGCUCCACAGUCUUGGGAAUCAAAAAAAUACAUUUUUGAGGAAAAUUCAGCCAGGUCUAGGAGCUCCUCCACAUAUGCACAUUAUUCCUCAUUUCUUUCUAAUUAUUCAAACAUGACCUCUAACCCUAACCUCAACCAGGAGAGGCCUGCGAUGCUUUAGGUCUUCUGGUCUUCUUUAGAACAUGUGUUGCUUUUUGAGAUCGUUUAGUCUCCAUCAUGUUUUCAGGCAGGUUCUACUGAAGAGGUUGCCUCAAUCUAAAAGUCUGAUGGUAAUCGCACCUGGGUGUGGUUAGUAAACAUGAACUCGGCUUUCCAAACGUUGUGGUUAAUCACAGUCCCUGACCUCCUUGCUACUGUAAAUCAUGAAUGACCUAUUUCAGCGUCUGCAGUGAUGCGGACGCUGAGCCGAUCUGUCGUGGUGAAGAGGGAGCUGAGCCAGAAAGCCAGGCUCUCGAUUUACUGGUCGAUCUACGUCCCAAUCCUCACCUAUGGUCAUGAGCUUUGGGUAAUGACCGAAAGAACGAGAUUGCGGAUACAAGCGGCCGAAAUGAGUUUCCUCCGUAGGGUGGCUGGGCUCAGCCUUAGAAAUAAGGUGAGGAGCUCGGACAUUCGGGAGGGACUCGGAGUAGAACCGCUGCUCCUCCGGAUCGAAAGGAGCCAG